CAGCCAUAUCAACUCAAUAUCCUGCACACCACACCAUCCUCAUUCGUUCCUCACCAAUGGAGAAUUUUAAGCAAUCCAGUUUUCUCUUCUUUCUUCUUAUCCUUCCUUUACUGGUUUUAGCUACAGAGGAGAAACAGGUAUAUAUAGUCUACUUUGGAGAGCAUAGUGGAGAGAAAACAAGACAAGAAAUAGAAGACAACCAUCAUUCAUAUCUUUCCUCUGUGAAGGAAACAGAGGAAGAUGCAAAAUCUUCUCUUCUUUACAGUUACAAACACAGCAUUAAUGGCUUCGCAGCCUUUCUUACCCCACAAGAGGCUUCGAAGCUUUCAGAAAGGGAUGAAGUGGUGUCCGUGUUCCGGAGCCAUCCGGAAAAGUAUUCGAUGCACACGACGAGAUCGUGGGAAUUUUCGGGCUUACAAGAGUCGAAGAAAGUGAACGAAUUAGACAAGGAUGAUUACAUGUUAUUGAAAUCCAGAUACGGCAAGAAUGUUAUUAUCGGCAUGUUGGACAGUGGUGUGUGGCCCGAGUCUCAAAGCUUCAACGAUAAAGACAUGGGUCACGUACCGAAAUCUUGGAAAGGGACUUGCCAAGCUGGCGAUGCUUUCCACUUGUCACAUUGUAAUAGAAAAAUCAUCGGCGCCCGAUACUACAUCAAGGGCUACGAAGCCUUCUACGGCCCCCUCAACCGGACCCUCGACUACCUCUCCCCCCGCGACAGGGACGGCCACGGGACCCACACCGCCUCCACGGCCGCCGGCCGCAGGGCCGAUGGCGUCUCGGCCCUGGGAGGCUUCGCGUCCGGGACGGCCUCCGGCGGGGCCCCCCUUGCCCGCCUCGCCAUCUACAAGGUGUGCUGGGCAAUCCCGGGCAAGGGCAAGGAGGACGGCAACACGUGCUUCGAGGAGGACAUGCUCGCGGCCAUGGACGAUGCCAUCGCAGACGGGGUCCACGUCAUGAGCAUAUCCAUCGGGACCUCAGAACCCAUGCCCUUCGACAAGGACGGAAUUGCCAUCGGGGCACUGCACGCCGCCCGAGAAGGCAUCGUGGUGGUGUGCAGCGCCGGGAACCAGGGGCCCGCGCGGGCCNUCGUCUCGCAGGGUCAGACGGUGACGCCGUAUAAGAUGGAAAACAAGCUCUACCCAUUGGUUUUCGCGGGUCACGUAACCAACCCCAAUGUAUCUCAAGACUUACUCGGGCAAUGCUUGCCAGGAUCCCUUUCUCCGAAAAAGGCAAAGGGAAAAAUUGUAAUGUGUUUGAGAGGAAACGGGACGAGAGUUGGCAAAGGCAUGGAAGUCAAAAGAGCCGGUGGCAUUGGUUUCAUCUUAGGAAACAGCAAAGCCAACGGAAAUGAAUUAGCAGCCGACGCCCAUAUUCUUCCCGCAACUGCCGUUAACUACAAGAACGCUCUCAACAUUCUUAAAUACAUAGACUCGACAAAACAACCAAAGGCACAUAUCGUGCCAGCUAAGACUAUCUUGGACACUAAACCCGCACCUUUCAUGGCCGCUUUCUCCAGCAGAGGCCCCAGCACACUUUCACCCGAUAUUCUAAAGCCGGAUAUUACAGCCCCAGGGCUCAACAUAUUAGCAGCCUGGAGUGAAGCUUCUUCUCCAACAAAACUAGCAAGCGAUAAUCGAGUCGUCAAGUACAAUAUACUGUCUGGCACAUCAAUGUCAUGUCCACAUAUAAGUGGCGCAUCAGCUCUUCUCAAAGAAUUACACCCCGACUGGAGUGGCGCCGCCAUAAGAUCCGCUCUCAUGACCACCGCGGGAUUGCUUAAUAACGUCGGGAGUCCAAUUACCGACGCAUCCGGAAACUCGGCCGACCCAUUCCAAUUCGGGUCGGGUCAUUUCCGACCGACAAAAGCAGCCGACCCAGGGCUCGUGUACGACUCAUCCUACAACGACUAUCUUCUCUUUCUAUGCAGUGUCGGGGUAAAAAGCCUUGCCUCCUCCUCCUUCAAGUGCCCUGAAGAAUUACCGCCACCGGUAAAUCUGAAUUACCCGUCCCUGGCCGUGCCAAUGUUGAACGGCACAGUAACUGUCGCUAGAACCGUGACAAAUGUGGGCAAUGGGAAGAGCGUGUACUUCGCCAGCGUAAUACCUCCACUCGGGGUAUCCGUAAAAAUAUGGCCACCUGUAUUGAACUUUAACCACAAGGGUGAAAAGAGGAGUUUUACCAUCACAUUGAAAACAGAGGUGGAGUACACGGGGUGGAUUGAGAAGGGCGCGUAUUUGUUCGGAUCGUACGCAUGGUCGGACGGUGUUCAUUUUGUCCGGAGUCCGAUGGCUGUUUCGAUUGCUUAAGUUUAUUUAUGGUUCAAUGAGCAGCAUAUGAAGGUUGAUAUUGGGGGAUCAAAUAGAUUUACAUAGGCUUUUAAGUGAUUUACAGAGUUCUUGAUUAAAAAAAAAAAAAAUUAGGAUGGUGCAUAUAAUACAACUGAAGUCAUCACAAUUUAACUCUGUAUUGCAAGCAAUGUAAGUUACAGAAGCAACACAGUCUGUGUUGUCAAAAUCAUAUAGCACAAAUAUAUCAUCAAAUAAAUAAAAGCAGGAAGUUGAUCAUGAUAA